UUUGGUGGAAUUUGGGGGUCAGCGGCAGGGAGCUGGCCUAGGGCCACAGCACCCACGAGUUUGGUUUGGACCGUAAAAAGAGGUCAUGGAGUGCCAACAGAGGGGUUUAGCCCAUCAGAAGGACGGUUUGGACACUCCAGAUAUGAUGUGGGCCCUAAAUAUGACCAUCUGGAGGCUGAAAAUGAUGUUUUAGGGCCGUGGGGAUUGCAGUUUCUGUUCCUAGUUUUAUCCAGUCCCGGUAGCACGUUAAUCUCUUAGAAGCCUCCCUACUAUCUGGAUCACAGCAUUGAUCAGUAAGGGGAACACGUUGAUCUGCAUUUCCACCCUGAGACUUUCCGUGUACUUGCGCUGGUGGGUGAGUUUGGGCAGUGUGUAAUACUAACUGUUUUUCCAUCUCGCUCAUCUCAACAUGAAGUCUGUGUCUCCCCAGUCUGGACCCUAGGGCCAAUGGGGACUCUGUGAGCAACACGGGGCCCAGGAAGGAGGGGGACAUGGGCAGAACAUAGGGACCCCAGGAGGAUGGGGACACGGGGCAUGUUGAGGGGUGCUUCCCCCUUGAGUGUCUGCGGCCCCGGGGCUGGGGGCAGAACUGGGGGGUGUCACGAGCGCUGGGCACUGUGCCCGCCCCAGGCCAUGAAGCAGGUUCACGGUGUCGCCCUCAGUACCUUCAAAGCAGGAAUUCAGGGCUGGGGAGCAUAAGAACGCAGGAGCCCGGUUCCCAGGAUAGACGGGGACAUGUUGUCAGGAUGCGCCUACGUGUGUGAGGCUCCCCGCAGCUCCUCUUCAUGCACAGAGGCCUCCCACGCAGGGGCAGGGAAGGGGAGAGGGGCUGGAGAAGAGCCCCUGAAGCUCUGUGAGCGAGGACAGGGAGCAGGGGUGCAGGUCCAGGCCGCAGCAGGACAGGCAAGGCACAGCUGCACCCAGGAGCCUAAAGCCCUGGAUGAGGAAGGAGAUGUGCCCCCAUCCCUGGCACAUGGGCCUUUCAGCUCACGUCUGCACAGGACGCAGAGAGUUGCUGAACAAAAGGUUUAAUAAGAAGAUAGAACAAACUAGGACAGUCACUGCCAAGAGUAACUUGACUCUGAAGACUCUGGUGUCACCAAGUCAUCUGAGUCUUCCUCCACGAGAUUACAGGGGACAAAUCCCCUUGUGCCAUCGGUCAGCUCUCCCACAUACCAACCGUCUUCAUCCACGUCUCCAUAGACAUAAACGUGUUGUCCAGCUACCAGAGGAAGCUCCAGGUCAGGCCUCUCAUUGGGACCCUCAAAAGGAUUGUAGCUGUAUCGAACCAGGAAUCUCUUGAGUGCGGAGCUGCUCCUCCUUCAGCUCAGCCCGUAGAGCUUCCAGCUCCUCCUUCUGCUGCUCCUCCUGCGUGUGGCUGCCAGGGGCCUGUGCUGGGCCCCGGCGUAGCGAGGGGCAGCCGUGUGCAACUGACAUCCGGCCCACAACAGUCAUGGCUUCGGCUGCCAAACCCUUCUGGGCAAGUUCAGCAAGGGCUGUGUUCCCUGGGGCUGUGGGAAGCAGCAGCUCCCUGAGCCCGAUGCAGCCGCUGCCUCUGUUCAGCAGGGAAGGUUGCAACUACCACAGCUGGGGCAGCACUCCGCAGUGUCAGUACACAGCUGAGGCAGUGCAGCAGCAGCACACAGCUGAGGCAGUGCAGCAGCAGCAGCAGCAUGAUGGGGAAGACACGGAUGGUCAUGGCCACCACGUGCCUCCUUAUUUUGGGCAUCCUGUCAGUCCUGGUAGCCCAUGGGCACUGGAGUACUCUGCAGCGAAGGCGGCGAUCCGCCACGGCUGGAGGCGACGCAGACCCAUCUGCCUGGCUGGGAGUGAGGGGUGCCAAUCUGCCGUAUCUCAUGGAUGCAAAUGCAGAUGCUCCUCAGCCGGAUCCCACGCUGCAGCCCAUCUGGAAUCUCUGGGAGUUGCCCCAUGAGGCUGAGAAGCCGUCGGUUCAGGAAGGAGGCAGCAGCACCGUGACAGUCUCUGCCAACAGAGCAGGGGCGGCUCACCCGGGAGCCGUGCCAGAGGCAGACGAAGUGCCCUUGGAGAAGGUGGCAGAUCCACAAACAGGCAGUCGGACGGUAGCAGUCUCUGAGGAAAAAACAAGGCCAUUCCAGUCAACAGCCGUGCCAGGUGUGGAAGGUGAGAAAAACUCAAAGGCCGAGCGUCUUCUGGGAUUCCAGACCCAUUUCCUCAUAUUUGCCGGGACUUUCUUCUGCUUGUGCCUCCUGUUGUCCCUGUUGGUUGCUGUGAUCUGUCUGUACAAGAAGAGGAAACGGAUUCCCUCUCCAUCUUCAGUGGCCCAGGACAACACCAGCAGCUCCCACACGAGCAAGGAGAGUGAUCUUGGCUCCAACACAAUCCAACAAAAUGUGAUCUGGACCCAAGGGCAGCAGCCACCAGCUGUGCCAGGAAGCUCCUCUGUCCCACAGCUGACAUCUCAGACAGCUGGGAUCUGCGGGACUGGUUUAAGCCCAUCGAGCGAGAAAGCAUCAUGCUUGAGCCCCCUUGUCACCAUACCCAAAGAAGCCCGCAAGUGGUCACAGAAGCAAAUCAUAACAACAACAAUAUACAUGACAGACAGGAAUCUUGGAAGCGCUGAAGACUUGGCAGCACUCCCUGAAGCUGACACCAGCUCUAAUCUCAAGCUCAACGAGCCCGCUGGCUCUGCCAAAGGCACUGGAGCCACACAGGCGGGAGAGGUGGGCAAAGGGCUCAUCAGGGCACAGCCCUGA